UUACAAUUAUACUACUGCGAAAGUGUGAGCAUUGAAAGGUAGCUCUGGUGAAGUUCUCAAUAAAAAGAGCCCCUGGCUGGCUGAUUUAUGGGUAUGAGUGGGGCUCUUCCCGUCAGUAGCCUCUCCUUCGCGAGCGUGUCAGUGUUUUUGUGCGAUCCAUUACCGUGCAAACAGUCACAGCGCUGAGCUGAGCUGAGCUCCCUGCAGGCUACACCUUCACAUUUACUCUGCAGCUGUAUCCCGCAGCUCCACCAUGGCGUCCAGGCGCGUCUCCUCUUCUUCUGUUCUCCUGCCUCAGCACAUUCCACCACAAACCGAGACGAAGCCCAAGGGACCCUCCUCCUGAAGUCGUGUGUAGCACACACACACACACACACACACACACACAUACACACACUCGCACACUGCACAGGGCUGCUCCGAGAAGUAGGACGUGAACUUGUGGCAGUUCUCACGCGCUCUAAAGUGGAGCCGGAGGGGCACGAGGAGCCGGACGCUGCACGCGGGCACUACAGCACUCACAUCUGCACACAGUCCACACCGGCGCGCGCGGAGUGACCUACUCAUCCAAACUACAGAAGGAUCCAGUGGUGGAAAGCGAGAAAGUGCAAGGAAGACUGGAUAUAGCGGCACUGAGUUGCACCGCUGGAGCACCGCUGGCACCGCGCUGUUGAUUCAUACACCAGGAAUGAAGAUGAUGUGGCGAUGAAAAGGCAGCGCGAGCGCGCGCUCCCCAGUGAAAGUGCUGCAUGGACUCUGAGCUCAGGAGAGAGAGCAACCGGUGCACUCGCUCGCCUCGUGCCAUGGGUCUGAGGGCAAGGCUGAAGCUGAGAGUGAAGUGGCGCUACAUCGUGGCCUCCCUGUCUCUCCUGGUCCUCUCAGCAGUGAUGAUUAACACACACUCACCCUCCCCCUCUCAACAAAAGAGGCUGCUGUCACGAUGGCCCCUCCAUAACUAUCCCACAGGGCUAAAAAGGAUGGGCCCCAAAUUACCUCUCCAUCAGCUACCAUCAAAUGGCCAUAGUGGAAUCUGGAAGUUUUCUAAAAGUAAAGAUUCAGCCAAGCACCAACUAGUUGUUGGCUACCAUCAACACAGAGGCAGCAAUGUGCAUGAAAAAGUCCAACAAGCAACCAAAAAGAAGAUGAAAAACAGUGCAAAAAGGACAUUUACAAAAUCAAAACAAAGCAAAAGGAAACACAUGUCCCAGACAUUUACAGUCAGUGAAAAGCUUAGAUUUGCUAAAAAAACAGGCAAUGGCAGUGACUCUAAGUAUGCCAUCCAGCUUCUUCUUCCCAGACCUGACCAAACCAUACCAAAGCCUGCCAGCAUGCAGAGUCUCCACCCAGACAUUAAGCCAUGCAGGCACAAAUGUACUCCAGAUGGGUCUAAGCCAGAGAAGCUGGUGGGGAAGUCUGGGGAACUUAAAUGGGGCCCAAGAAAAACCAAAACACAUGAAAGACAAGCAAAGCCAGCUGAGAAGAAGAGGCACCACUUUCUGGUGGAGAACAACAGUAUCUCUGGGGCAGGGGCUGAGGGAAAGGACUAUGUGGCUGGUUGGUGUGAAACCUCACAUAGUAAGGCUUUUAGUGAAAGCUUGAACUGGACCAAAGCAGAAUCUCUACCCUGGCUUAGUCGUGACGAUGUGGAGAAGAUGCAUUUGCUUGCCAAGGGCACUGUCUUGAGUAAAGCCAGAAUUCCAGGCCACGGGCAAGUGCUCCAGGUGGGACUUGGUGGUCACAAUGAUACUUCCUCACUAGUUGGAGACCAUAGCAGACUUUGCCAAACAGGAAAUUGUGCUCUAAUCAAGCGCCCCAGUGACUGGUUUGAGGUGUUUGCCUUCCACUUAGACAGGAUCCUGGGUCUGAACAGGAGUCUUCCUGCAGUGCUAAGGAUCUUCCACAGCAAUCACCUUCCAUAUAAAUAUACCAAUGGUUCUCCAAGACCUGUGGUGUGGUGGGACCCAGAUAUUCAGCAUCUAGAUGAUGAUGAUAAUGACCAGAACUCUUUCUCUCUCACCUGGCCCCAGUACCAGGCUUUACUAAAGUCCAAGUGUGGCAUGAAGGUGCCUUUGAACUCAUCUGGGUGUGUAGGAGUGCACAAUUCAGAGUGGGCACGACUGGCGCUGUUUGACUUCCUGCUACAGGUGAAUGAUAGACUGGACCGAUACUGCUGCGGCUUCCGGCCCGACCCUGCUGAUAUGUGUGUGGAAAACCUCCUGAAUGUCAAAUGUGCAAACCCCAAAGAUUUAAUGCUGGUGCACAUUUUGGUUAGGGGGUCUAAUCCUUCUAGACUGGUCUUCAUAGAUAAUGCCGGCAGACCACAUCACCAACAUGACAACCUUAACUUCAGACUGGUUGAGGGCAUUGAUGAGUUUCCGGAGAGGGCCAUACGAGUGCUGCAGUCAGGCUGUUUGGAGCAGUUGCUCUUGCGCUCGCUGUCUGUGGAUAAGGAGCUGUGGGAGAGCAGAGGAGGAGUGCCAGGCCUGAGAGCCACCAUCCAUACCAUCCAGCAGAGAGCCAGAGCCCUACUACAGCACCUCCAGGAGAAGAAACUGAACACUAACAUGUGGAACUAAUUAAACUAAAAUUAACUUACUGUUGCCAAAAGAAAGAUAAAGUUUGCAAGCAGUGGUUUUAAAGAGCUCCCUGCAUAAGAACAUAUCCAAUAUGGUGCUGCACUUGGUUGGUCUAUGCACAAUGAAAUAUUGCUGCUGUGCAGUUAAGAGAAAAGAAAUGUAUUAGGGAGGCUGUGAAACUUAUCUUGUUGUGUGUCCUCAAAAAUAUGAAACAAGGGGUCCAAACAUGGCCCUGAUCAAAUCUGUUAGUGCAGAGAAUCUAAAGGUACACCCAACGGGGCAGUCGUGUGCUGGAGGUUAGCGAACUGGCCCUGUGACCAGAAGGUUGCCAGUUCAAUCACCAGUGCUGACAGUCCACAACUGAGGUGUCCUUGAGCAAGACACCUAACCCCCAAUUGCUUCGCAGGUGCUGUGGAUAGGGCUGCCUACUGCUCUGGGCAAGUGUGCUCACUGCCCCCUAGUGUGUAUGUGCUCACUAGUGUGUUUCACUUCACAGAUGGGUUAGGUGAAAGGUGAAAUUUCCCUGUUUGUGGGAUUAAAAUGUGUCACUUACAAGGGAGGGAAAUGGCCUCUAAGCUCUGCUACAUCUCUCAGUUGAGCUCCUUAUAAAAAUAUGCUAAUCUUACACGACCCAUUCUUCAGUGUUUUAGCUGAGGAAUGAAUGAAUGUCAGUCUCCACAGUUUGUGUCAGCCUUAGUCUUUUUGUGAGUUAUACUUCUGUUGUGUGCACAAAAACACAUUGUUUUGGUUCUGACUUUUUGUUUGAAGAGAAUAGUUCAGAAGUCCUAUGAGAGAUUUAUUAACUAAAUUUGGCCAGCGGACCCUAUUCUGACAUGUUAUGAAGACAAAUGCAUGAAAUAGGUAUCAUAUAUUCUUCAUGUACCGUGACCCUGACGGAGAAGCGGCUUGGAAAAUGGAUGGAUGGAUGUUCUUCAUGUAAUACUCAUUUAUUACAUUCAUUAUACAGUGGGGUCCAAAAGUAUGAUACCUAAUGGAUAAUUGCACACAACAUGCAAAAGAGCAUUUUGUAACAUUGGUUCAGAUCCCUUUUCCGAGUAGAUUAAUCUGAUGAUUGCACGUUUUUCAAAGAGAACACAGAAUGCUCUACUACUGUGAUCAUGUCUUCGUCAGUAUGGUUUUCAUUUGCAUUUGACACCUAAACAUAGAGCCAAACCUUAUUUUGAGCCAGUGCAUGUUUUUUUUUCAUAUGGAAAAAUGGAUAAUGUGGUCCAAAAAUGCCUGUGAAUCCAAUGGAGACAGUAAUGUAAGAUUACCAUUUCAGGUUUUACAAGGUGACUUGCAGCAGCACAUGCACACAAUAUUUUAGUAUGUUUUUUUCCUGACUCAAUAAUGCUACACUGUUAAAAAAAUAUGGGUCUUCAAAGGUUCUUAAGUUUAAAAAAAUGUUCUAUAUACAACCAAGAAUCCUCAAAGAACCUUGUGCGUGAUAAAAGGGCUCUUUGCAGUUCUGAUAUAAAUUGAUGGGGAAUGUGCUAUUGAUGGUUCUAUAUAAAUUUGAAACUUGUAACAAUAGAAGAAUCCUUUUCAAUGCUUUAAGUGUUUACUUCAAUCUAUUUUUUAAACAAAACAUACAUAGAUCAGGUGUAAACAACAUUUCUGAAUUUUGAAAUUUGAAAAAUUCAGAAACAUCAGGUCAAGUAACAUUAAGAAGAAAUAUUUAAGGUUCUUAAAAUUUCUACACUACACUAUUCUUACUACAAAAGAAUAGGCCUUUAGUAAAGAUUUAUAAUAAGUUCUAUCUAGAACCAUGAACACUCAAAGAUACAUUUUCAUGCUUAAAGGGUUCAUCGUAUGGUAACAUUGUUCUUCAGAUUGAUGGAAAAUAUGUUGAAUAUGGUUCUAUAUAGAACAUUUUUCAAGGUUCUAUUGUUGUUAUAAGCUUCACAUCAUAACAAUAGACAAACAUUUUUGGGUGCUGUAUAGAGCCGUAUACAAAACAUUCUACAUCAAAAUAAAAGAACCAUUUCUUGAUGCACAGAAUGCUUUAAUUCAAAUGCUUCUUUAAAUAUUCAUAGUUCUGUAAAAACUAAGAAUCAUUUGUUUAAGAGUGUAGCUCACUAUUCAAAUGUAAGCAAAUCUGUGACCAUGUUAAGGUGUUUGUACAAAAGGUCAGAUUUUUUUUUUUAAUCUGGUCCCUUUCACUGAAACGUUCAGUCAACUCAGGUGGAGUUCAUGGCAGUUGAAGUGCACACUGUCAUUAAAGUAAAAGAGCUGUUGCCUCACAGCGAGGAGGGCCUGGGUUCGAUUCCCCGGUUGGGUGACCACGGUCCUCUCUGUGUGGAGUUUGCAUGUU